UUUGGGCAUCUCCGAUGUGUAUGAGUAUGAUAACAUAUUAUUAUUAUUAUUAUAUUCAAUUUUAUCCGCGCGCAGAUUAGCUGCUCACUCAUCUCUCUCACCAAAUAAUCUGUCUAUCAAUCACUCCAAAUGGUACCACUAACUAGUGCUUCUGUUGAUGACUUGAACGUCGACGUUUUGGUCAACUACUGCUCUCAGCAUGUCCAUGGCUUCCCUCAGGCUCCGACCCACCUCACCAUUUCUCAGUUUGGGCAUGGGCAAUCCAAUCCGACCUAUUUGUUGGAAGCAAGUUUGGGAGGAUCUUCUGUGAAGCGGUAUGUUUUGAGAAAGAAACCUGCUGGGAAGUUACUACAGUCUGCUCAUGCUGUAGAAAGAGAGUUUCAGGUUUUGAAUGCAUUAGGUGCUUAUACACUUGUUCCGGUUCCUAAGGUUUUCUGUCUGUGCACUAAUUCAGCAGUGAUCGGAACUCCAUUUUACAUUAUGGAGUACUUGGAAGGACGCAUAUUUAUAGAUCCUACACUACCUGGACUAGCUCCUAUCAGAAAAAGGGCAAUAUAUAGUGCUACAGCAAAAGCAUUGGCUUCUCUUCAUUCUGCUGAUGUUGAUGCCAUUGGUCUGGGGAAGUAUGGGCGUCGAGACAACUAUUGCAAGCGUCAGGUUGAUAGAUGGGCAAAGCAAUAUCUUGCCUCAACUGGGGAGGGCAAGUCUCCAAGAAACCCAAAAAUGUUAGAGCUGGUUAACUGGUUGCAGCAGCACAUUCCUUCUGAAGAUUCAGCCAGCAGAAAAGCAAGUCUAGUCCAUGGUGACUUCCGAAUUGAUAAUCUUGUAUUUCAUCCCAUUGAGGAUAAAGUGAUUGGCAUUCUUGACUGGGAGUUGUCCACUCUCGGAAACCAAAUGUGUGAUGUUGCAUACAGCACCUUGCACUACUUGGUAGAUUUUGAUCUGGACAAGGUACAUCAGCAUAAAGGUAUCGAAGCUACAGGAAUUCCACAAGGAAUUCCUUUACUGUCUGAAUAUCUAGCAGAUUACUGCUCUGCUUCUGGAAAACCAUGGCCUCUUGCUGAGUGGAAAUUUUAUGUUGCCUUUUCAUUGUUCCGGGGGGCAUCAAUUCAUGCAGGGCUGCAUAGCAGAUGGAUCAUGGGUAAUGCUUCAGGUGGUAAGCGUGCUCAAAAUUCAGGAUUAAAAGCUGAUGCUAUUAUAGAAGCAGCAUGGUCUUAUAUUGAAAGGAAAUCUGUUCUUCCACAGCACCCUGCAUCUGAUAGAUCUGCACAAGGUCAAUUGGAGCAUUUUAACGCUGGAAGUAUAAAUCAAAAGACAUCAACUGGAGGCAGAUUUGUUCCUAAUUAUAAGAUUGUUGAGCUCAGAGAUAGAUUGAUACAAUUCAUGGAGGAUUAUAUAUAUCCAAUGGAAAAAGAAUUCUAUAAACUUUCCAACACUUCCAUGCGUUGGACUGUUCACCCGGAGGAGGAGAAGUUGAAGGAGAUUGCUAAGCAACAAGGAUUGUGGAACUUAUGGUUACCUUUAGAUAGUGCUUCUAGGGCAAGAAAAGUACUUUUUGAUGGGAGUAAUGACGACAAGGUGUUUGAUCAGUUGCUGGGUGCAGGCCUUUCAAAUCUCGAGUAUGGUUACCUUUGCGAAAUCAUGGGUCGUUCAGUUUGGGCUCCACAAGUGUUUAAUUGUGGGGCACCUGACACUGGAAAUAUGGAGGUGCUACUACGCUAUGGCAACAAAGAGCAAAUGCAAGAAUGGCUUAUUCCACUGCUCGAGGGAAAGAUUCGCUCUGGUUUCGCAAUGACUGAACCUCAAGUUGCAUCUUCUGAUGCAACCAACAUUGAGUGUUCAAUCGAAAGGCAAGGAGACUCAUAUAUCGUCAAUGGGAAAAAAUGGUGGACUAGUGGAGCCAUGGAUCCUAGGUGCAAAAUCCUUAUAGUAAUGGGAAAAACCGAUUUUAAUGCUCCUAAACAUAAGCAGCAAACCAUGAUAUUAGUAGAUAUCAGGAGUCCUGGAGUACAAGUAAUUAGACCCCUCACUGUAUUGGGUUUUGAUGACGCACCUCAUGGGCAUGCAGAAGUAUACUUUGAGAAUGUUUGUGUGCCAGCAAAGAAUGUUUUACUAGCAGAGGGCGGUGGUUUUGAAAUUGCUCAGGGUAGGUUGGGUCCGGGAAGGUUGCACCAUUGCAUGAGACUAAUUGGAGCUGCUGAACGUAGUGUGGAACUGAUGGUUCUAAGAGCUCAUCAAAGAAAAGCAUUUGGAAAAUUUAUUGCUCAACAUGGGUCCUUCCAGUCUGAUCUUGCCAAGUGUCGUGUAGAGCUUGAAAAAACCAGAUUAUUAGUUCUGGAAGCUGCUGACCAGCUUGAUCGAGUUGGCAACAAAAAAGCUCGUGGGAUUCUUGCGAUGGCCAAGGUAGCAGCACCAAACAUGGCUUUAAUGGUAAUCGACAUGGCAAUGCAAGUCCAUGGCGCAGCUGGUCUAUCUGGCGACACUGUUCUAUCCCACCUCUAUGCUACAGCGAGAACUUUGAGAAUUGCAGAUGGUCCCGAUGAAGUUCACCUGGGUACUAUUGCAAAAUUAGAACUACAGAGAGCAGCUAAGCUUUAAAUCUGUAUACACAAAAUCUGAAAAGUAAAUUACUGGAAGACAAAAAACUGAGUAAGCAUGUAAAGUGUAAUAAACAAAUAUUAUAGUCGUCGUAUAGUAUAGUUUCCUUCUAUA